AUUCCUUCCGGCCGGAGAUUCCUAGUUUCAACAUGAUAAUGUUUUAAUGUUUAUUGUCCUAUUUGGUUUGAUAAUGUGUUGUUCUAUUUGGAUUGUUUUAAUUGCUAAUUACGUUCUUUUUUUCUUUUUUUACCGGUUCAACUUCAAUGUUGUCUAUUUGGUUCUACUUCAAUGUUGCGGUCCUGCGGAAUCGAUCCAGAACAGUGAGAAUUUUCAGAUUUCAACACCAACAACAUUUGAUCAAGUGUUUACAAAUAUGUUUGAUUACAUUGAUCACCUUGUUACCAUUGUUAAGCCUCGCAAGUUACUCUACAUGGCUAUUGAUGGAGUAGCUCCACGAGCGAAAAUGAACCAGCAAAGGACUAGGCGCUUUAGAACGGCUAAAGAUGAUGAAAUGCGUGAAGCCGAGGAAGAGAGACUGAGGAAGCAAUUUGAAAUGGAAGGUAAACAAGUUCUUCCUAAACAAGAAUGUGAAGUGUCAGAUUCUAAUAUAAUAACACCAGGAACAGAAUUCAUGCACAAGCUCUCAGAGGCUCUUAAAAGUUAUAUCUCUUCAAGAAUUUCCUCCAAUUCAUUAUGGAAAGAUAUUAUGGUAAUUUUAUCUGAUGCUAAUGUUCCCGGGGAAGGAGAACAUAAGAUAAUGUCAUUCAUAAGGAAACAACGAGGUCUUCCUGAUUACGAUCCAAACACCGUACACUGCUUAUAUGGCUCGGAUGCUGAUCUUAUAAUGCUUGGACUGUCAAGCCACGAACCUCAUUUUUCGAUCAUAAGAGAGUAUGUGCCUAAAUAUUAUGAGAAGCUGCAACAGAAUGCUGUUAAGCGGUUCGAGCUUUUGCAUAUUUGGUUGUUGAGAGAAUAUCUUGAAUUAGACAUGAAGAUAGAAGAUCCUCCGAAAAAUCUCAUCGUUGAUUUCGAGCGUAUAGUUGAUGAUUUUAUCUUCAUUUGUUUCUUUGCUGGAAAUGAUUUUCUUCCCCACUUGCCAUCUUUGGAUAUUUAUGAGGGGGCUAUUGAUUUACUUAUGACUGUUUACAAGAAAGAGUUCAAUAAAUUUGGAGGGUAUCUUGUGGACAUUAAUAAGAUGAAGGAGAAACAUAAUGCAUUUGUGAAGCUAUCAAGAGUUGAAAAAUUCAUACUUAUGGUUGGUGCAUACGAAGAAAAAAUCUUCAAUAAAAGAAGUGCAAUUAGAAACAAGAAAUUGAGAAGGCUUAUUAGUGAUCAAGAGCGAUCAAAGCAAGAAGAACAGAAUGCAUUCGAUAAUACGGAUAUUGAAAAUGAAAGUAGUUCAAAUUGCGCCCUUCGCAUUAAAAAGGCUCACGCUAUCAACAAUGUUUGCCUCGUUUCUGAUGAAGAAAUUUUGAAAAACACAAAGGACUUGAAAGAGGAAUUAAACAAAUGCAUAAAAGAGAAAGGGGACUUAUUGAAGAGUGGAGAUUUCUUGAUUGACAAGAUAAAAUUGGGAACUGUUGGGUUUAAAGAGAGAUAUUACAAAGAGAAGUUUUCUGUGGAGGGCUCUACCAACAUUGAGCUAAAAAGGAAAGAAAUAGUGCAGAAGUACACUGAGGGUUUGUUGUGGGUUCUUCAAUAUUAUUUUUCAGGAGUUGCUUCAUGGACAUGGUUUUAUCCCUAUCACUAUGGUCCAUUUGCUUCAGAUUUAAAAGGCAUGGGUCAAGUGAGAGUAAAUUUUGAGAAAGGUGUUCCAUUCUUACCUUUUGAUCAACUCAUAAGUGUUCUCCCUCAAAAGAGUUCUUAUGCACUUCCAAAAGCAUAUGCAAAGCUUAUGUUGGAUGAGCAGUCUAAAAUAUUUGACUUGUUUCCUCAGAAUUUUGAAAUUGACAUAGAAGGAAAGCGCUUCAUGUGGCAGGGUAUAUGCAAACUUCCAUAUAUGGAUGAAAAAAGGCUUUUGGCUGAAACCAGAGAACUCAUGGAAGGAUUAACCGAAGCUGAAGCAAAAAGAAAUUUGGUCGAAGUAGAUAGGUUGUUGGUUAGUAACACUGCCAAAGUCGCAGAAAAAAUUUGCUCACUAAGUUCAAACAAAUUAGAUACAAGCAUAAGUGAUGGCAUUGGCGGCAUUAUAAGUCUUUGCCACGAGGGUGUUGAGAAAAACCGACAAGAAGAUUUAGUCUUCUGUGUCAAAUAUGAGAUGCCGGUGAAUGGUUCAAGUCAUAUUCAGCAUCUACUAUAUGGCGUAAAUUUUCCCGAAAAGACGAUCUUUGAAAAUGACAUAAAGGUAACGGUUCUCUGGCAUGAACUUCAACAUUAUCAUAGCCGUUUUGAGAGGCCGAAUAAUCAAGACAAUUCGAGAAGUUCAAAUAGGGCAGGCCAUAAUUCAAAGUUUUCUCCUAAUGCAUCUGCUUUUGGUGGAAGAAGCAAUGCACCUCUUGAAUCGAAUCACAAAGGUGCUGGCGUUGGAUGGGGUUCAGGUAGAGGCAAACCAGAAAGGAUUGAUCAUGACAUUCUUAAUGAAAGAAUGUCGACAUUUACUCCUUUUCGUAAACAACGUAAGGAUUAUGGGGGAUCUUAUCAACCACGUCCGAAUGCGCCUUUUGGUAGAGGACGAGGAAGGGGUCAACAGAAUUUGAACAAUGUGUAUCAAUGGAAGAGUGUUUCUUCUAAUUCAAACAACUCGUUACGGCCUCAAUGGACUGAAUCGAAGGAUAAAAGCCGUUGGUAGAAAGAAACCUAUUAAAGAAUACUAUACCUUUUUGUUUUGGGAAAUGUUUAAUGGAUGUGGAUUUGUUUUUUUUGUGAAAUGAUGGGGGAAAGGUGAAAAUAGUUAGUUUCAUUUUGUUCUUGGUGGUUGAAAUUGUACAAGUCAUAUUCCACAUCUACUAUUUGGUUUGUAACUUCUGCCAUAUUAUUUACUGUGUUCUUUUUGAAAGUACUAAUUUUAUAUAAAUUAGUGUUAAUUUA